AUGGCGCUGGACGCGAAAGAAAUCGAGCUCAAGGCGAAGGCCCUGACGAAAGCCGCCACCCAGAACGAGCCCGCAGCCAACAUCGUAUCACUGCUCAAGGAGCUGCAAACCGGAGUGAAGGCAACGGAGGAUUUGCUACGGUCAACACGCGUCGGAAUCAUCGUCAACAAGUUCAAGCAGCACAAGUCACCGGAAGUCGCCCGUCUAUCCAGCGAGAUCGUCUCGAAAUGGCGGAACGAGGUUAACAAACAAAAGGCCAGCGGGUCGCCGUCCGUCAGCCAGCGAUCGAGCGGCUCGCCGCGCCCAGCACAGAACGGCACCGCGUCACCUGCCGGGACAACCCCAUCGGACAAGAUGUCGAAACUCUCCGUUCCCCCAGACAAGCGGACGUGGAAGGCGGACGGGGUGGAUAUCAAUCAGACCUCGAACAAGAUCCGGGAUAGUUGCAUUGGGCUGAUGUACGAUGGAUUGUGCCUCAACUCGACCGAGUCGCCCCGAGCGGUGCUGUCCAAGGCCUGCGCGGUGGAGGCGGCGGCCUUCAGCGCUUUGGGCCCGGAGACCAAGGAACAGUACCGCACCAAGAUUCGCAGCUUGUAUCAGAACCUCAAGAACAAGUCCAACCCGACACUACGGGUGCGCGUGUUGUCGAACGAAGUGACACCCGAGCAGUUCGUGAAGAUGUCGCACGAUGAGCUCAAAUCGGCGGAACAGCGCGAGCAGGAGCGCAAAAUCCAAAAGGAGAACAUGGACAAGGCCAUGGUCGCGCAGGCCGAGCGCAGUAUCAGCACCAGUCUGCAGUGCGGCAAGUGCGGACAACGCAAGGUCACCUACACCGAGGCUCAAACACGCAGCGCAGAUGAACCGAUGACGCUGUUCUUCCUACACCCGCAGCUCCCUAAUCCAACCCACCCUAGCCCUCUGCGACGCCUUCGCCUCCGCAGCCCCGCGACUGUCCUCCUCAGCCAUUUCACCGCGGACCCCCUCCCCAUGGUCCACGAGCACGGGCUGCCCGUCCUAGCCCCAUUCCUGGGCCGCACAUUCACCGGCAAGGACGGGGUAGGCCGGUACUUCGAGCUCAUUGCGGACCUGCUCAGCUUCGAGAAGAUGAGCUUCGACGGGGAGGACGAGUGGAUCGUUGAUACAGUUUCCAUGGCUGUUUCGCUGCGGGGGCGGGCGCGGUUCACGUGGAAGGAGACGGGGGAAGGGUGGGAUGAGACGUUUUGUUAUCGGAUUGGGCUGGCGGAGGAUCAGGGGAAGGGAGGCGGCGGGUUGAAGGUGCAGGAGUACCGCGUGUGGGCUGAUACCGGGGCGGCGUACCUGGCGCGGACGCACCAGUUGGGUGAGGUGCAAAGGGAGCUGGCGGAGAGGGAGACGAAGAAGUCGAUGGAGAGGACGAGGAGCGGGCAUGGGAAUCUUAUGGGGGAGGGGCAGAGGGUAUAUUCUGGGGGAGUGCGACGGCAUAGACGUGUAACUUGUUUCAUGUGA